AUCUGUUCGUUCACUCAAGCGACCACCAUCGAAAAUCGCAUAAUUCGACCAGCUUUCUCGUCUUGAAGACAUGUCGCAAGCACAAGCAGCCAUUCCUCCACAGCCGCGCGCGAAGCAGCUACGCGCAUGCCUCUUGUGCUCCAUUAUCCAAACACCAGCUGAUUUCCGGAAGCACGGCUGCCCAAACUGCGAGGAGCUCAUGCAGAUGAAAGGAUACCCUGACCGCAUCCAGGCGUGUACGACGACGCACUUCGAUGGCGUGAUUGCUGUCAUUGACCCUGAGCAGAGCUGGGUAGCUCGGUGGCAACGAGUCUCAAAGUACGUCCGUGGCAUGUAUGCCGUGCGUGUCAAGGGCCGCAUACCCGAGGACGUCGAGGCAGAGCUCGAAAGCCGCGGCAUCAAAUACCGCCCAAGAGAUCAGUCCGACCAAGACUGAGACACCAGCUUGUUUCCACUGUCUCUUCAUACCCGCAUUUGUCUCGUCGGUUCUCGUCCUUCUUACAUGUAUUUAAGGUCUAGUCGGCUCGCUCUCGUUCGCAAUUGUAAUGUUAGCUUCGCAACGCC